ACAAGAUUCGCAGAGCGCAAACAAUUCUCCGAUCGCCAAAACAAGGACAAUUGAUCACGGCCUAGAAGUCAGUCUACGACUCAAUCGAUACAGACAAGCGGCCUAGAAUCCCUAGGCCUAAUCGCAAUCGGAUAUGGAUCUUGCUCGCCGUUAAAACCCUCAACGGUCUAUACAUGUGCGAUGGCCGGACAGAAGCAAGCAAGGGUAAUGACUAUCGCAGGAUGCACCGGUGAGACUAUAGCUUACCAUUUCCGUGCAUUGCACUCCACUUGCUGUCUCCAGUAGCAAACGUGUUGACGUCGCUUGUCUAUAACUUCUCAGGGCACUUUCACUUUGAGCGUGCGGCUACAACGGCUACUAUCGAAUUACAAGACAAUAUUGACAUCAGCGGAGAUCUUGAAUGAUUGUAGCAGAAUAUAUUCAUGACCCAGACCAGCAGUAAAUUUCGUGUAGCUACUUUCCUGCUCUGGUGUAGAAGCAAUAUGGCGUCGCAUCGUUUCCGUCUGGCAUCGCUCUUUGUUCUGUUCUUAUACGUCGCGACUGUUUACUCUGCCGUCGUGCAGAGACAAGCAACAUCUACAAAGGUCUCGUCGUCAACCAAGAUCUCUUCGUCCACAAAGGCAUCAUCAUCUGUCAGAGCCUCAUCAUCCGUCAAAGCUUCAUCAUUGACCAAGACCUCAUCUUCUGUCAAGGUCUCCUCUUCCCCGAAGCCUUCGUCUUUCAAAACCUCAUCGACCAAGGUUUCUUCUUCCAACGUCGCUACUGCAAUCUCCAACCCAAGAACCGGUUCGACUACGUCAACCUCUGCUUCCGGGUCCGCGACAAACUGGUACGCCAUCCCUCAGAGGGCAGCUCUUCCCGCAAACAGAACAAAUGCCAUCGCCCUGAAGCAACAGAACUUCCAGUAUGGUCUCGCUGUCGCAGGUGGACCUUACUUCCCCACUGGAUCACUCGGCACCACCUUAAUCAAUGCCGAUAUCUCAAAGCUCCAAGCCGAGACCAGCUUGCAACAGAGUGCUUCUUCCCAGGACAAUGCAAAUGCCAACGCGGAUACCAGCAAGUACAAUGGACUGAAAACAUUGAACGAUUACACGUUGCUUUACGACAACGAAUGGACCGCCACUCUCCCAUCUGGACCCGUCCCUGGCAUGCUCACCAACUACACUCAAGAUCUGCUGUUCUCCAUGGAGCGUUUGUCCUUCAGUCCUUACCAAGUCCGAAGACUCAAUCCUAGCUCAGACUCUCUCAACUUCCAAGUCGACGACAAGACUGCAAAAAAUAUCACUGGUAUGACACUGCAGCAAUUGUUCCAGGCCGGUAGAUUGUUCUACUCGGACUACAGAGACCAGGCAAACCUUCAGCUCGGAACCAGCGAUCGCUACUCCGCCGCGGUAGACGCCUACUUCUAUAUCAACCAGACCUCAGGAAACUUUCUGCCUCUUGCCAUUCGCACCAACCAAGGAGCAAGCCUGAUCUACACACCAGCAGACACUCAAUCCGACUGGCUUCUCGCAAAGAUCAUGUACAAUGUUUGCGAUAUCUGGUUUGCGCAGUGGGAACACUUGCCGAGAACACACGAGGUUAUUCAGAUUAUUUACAUGGCAGCUAUUCGCACCCUGAGUGAUGACCAUCCAGUCAAGGGUCUGCUUGAUAGAAUGAUGUACGAAGUAUUUGCAAUUCAGCCUUUGGCAGCGUCCAUUCUUUUCGCUCCUGGUGGCGCUGUUGAAACCAACUUCGCCUAUUCUGCAGCCUCUGCACAGGACUACAGCAGCGGUUACUACUUCAACCGCAGUGGUGCUUUCCAGUCAAACUACUUUUUGACCGAUCUUACAAACCGUGGAUUGAUCAAUCCCAAGGUCGGCCCAGCCCUCAAGAACUUCCCAUUUUACGAGGACGCUUCUGUGAUCCACUCGGCGACGCGUACCUUCAUGACUUCAUUCGUAAACUCUUACUACGCUCAGAACUCCGUGCUCACAGCCGACAACGAGAUCCAAGCUUGGGUAAAAGAGUGCAACGGUGCAGCCAAGGUUAUCAACUUCCCAUCUGCGAUCUCGAACACCAGUACACUCAUUGACAUCCUGACUCAAAUGGCUCAUCUUUCGUCCACCGCCCACCAUGUUGUCAACACCAACGAGCUAAUCUCCGCCUCAUCCGUGCUCCCUUUCCACCCUCAGUCUCUGUAUCAGCCCGUCCCAAAGCAGAAGCGUUCGGUCAGCAACCCGGCAACGUUCCUUCCUCCCUACAACAAGGCACAGGAUCAACUCAACGUCAAUGCUCUGUUCUCGCGUAACUACUUUGCUGAUACGAACCGCACAUUGAGCCACAUGUUUGACGACCCUACCACAUUUAGUCGCAUGAAUGUGAACACACGCAAUGCAGCUGCGACUUUCAAGAGCACUAUGGACGCUUUCAGCUCCAAGGUCAGGGCUCGUACUUUCGACUCGAAGGGCUUGUCUCAAGGCAUGCCAUUUGUGUGGAAGGCACUCGACCCAAAUCUCGCACCUUUCGGUGUUACAGUCUGAGUGACAUAGCGAAAUUUUUACUUAAGCACACGGGCAUUCAUCGAUUCACAGUCUUGAAUGCUCGUCAAUGAAUCGCAAGCAUCGAUGGAAUUUAUCUUCCGUACAUCAGUUUCUCAUCUCUAUCUGAUCAUAAACAACCUCUUCUGUUCCGCCUUGCUUCAUUCUAGAACCAUCAUUUCCCGUUUCAAAGGGAAUGGGCUCCGUCCCCACGCCUUGGACGCUCGUCGUCAGCUGAAUGCCUCGCUUGAUCGUUCGUUUAAUAUCUCCUCAGAAGUCAUCAUAAUCGUCUUUACCCCUUUUGUUGAACCUUUCGUGCAGUUUCUGCGAUACAAUUCAGCGGCUG